AUGGAUGAAAAUCAAAUAAAUGUUAAUGACAACGAUAAUAAUGAUCAGAAAGACAAUCAUGAUCAAACAGAAAUACUUGUUGAUAAUGAAAACAACGAUAGCAAGAAUGAUACGUUUACCAAUGAUGAAAAUAUCGAUAGUGAUACAUCGAAUGAUGAUAAAAUGAAAUCGUUGUUUAAAAAUAAUAAUCUUCGUAUUAGUCAACCGAAAUAUGAAAAAUUGUUAAAAGAUCUUGAUUUUAGUGAGUGUCGAAUGGUAGACGUAACCGAUAUGUUAAAUGCUGAAACACAGCCAAAUACUAGUUAUUACACACCAAAUGAAGAACAAUCAUUGACUUCCUCUUCUUCGUCUCCUUUAAUUCUUCCUUCACGUCAGACAGUGCUCGAUAAUGAACAAAAUUUUAAUUUUCCAUCAAAUUUAAUCGAUGAUAUUCAUAAGAAUAUUUACGAUCAAGAUGACGAAGAAAAUCAUUUUCAUGAUGAUACUUUUCAAAAUGAUUUGGAUCUUUUGGCCACUAUCAUUGACGAAGCAUGGAAAAAUUCAUCGAAAAGUGAUACAGAAAAUUGUGAACAACCACCUCAGGAUAAUAAUCUUUAUUCAUCGAAAAAAUUUACUGUUACAGAUGAUAAUGAAGAACAAAAAAAAGAGAUAUUAGAUGAAGAUGAUGAUACUUCAAAACAAGCAACAUCGAACUAUGACUUUGUGGAUAAUGAACAUGAAGAUAUACAACAGGGCAUACCAUCAAAAUCAAGUAAAACAUCUCGUCCAAAACGACUUGAUAACAACUCUGAAUAUACAUCGUUAAGACAAGAAUCGGUUCCACGUUAUAUUAAACGUGAAAAAAAGACGCUGAUAUCGAAAAGUCUGACAGAAUCACUAAAUAAUGAAAUACCGAAUGAUCAACAUUCUUCUGCUAAUGAUCAGCAUAUUUCUUCAUUCAACCCCAAACAUUCAUCACAAGCAACGUCUCUAACUCUACAACGAUCCGCUUCAUCGCCGAAGAAUAGUCUUCAGGAGAAUGGAGAUGAAAAUGUUACUACAGUCACUGAUAAUUCAGAACAUAUAUUAAAUUGGGGUAACUUAGUUAACGGUAGUAUCUGUGAAUCAACAGACCCUGUUGCAUUUGUUUCUACUGAUACAUUCUUACAACCAGCUCACCGUCAAUCGACUGAAAUUAGAACACAAUCGAAUAGUGAUUCUCUUUCGAAAAAACACCCACAACACAAAAAAAAAUUGAGGACAACUUCGCGUCCGUUAAACACUUCGGACGAAGAACAACCUCCUGUUAGUCCGCGACGAUCAGUAAAAAAAUUAAAUGAAGUAGAAGAAGUUCCACCAUCAUUAUCUCGUUCACCGUCCAUCUUGUCAUCCGAUGCUGAGUUACUAAUGACAAAAAAUCCCGAUCAACAACAACAAAAAGUACAACAAGAAAAUCGAUUAAUUAGGACAAAGACUAACGUUGAAAGACAAGAUAGUCAAGCAACGUCGAUCGAUGACAAUCUAGAUGAAUUUAGUAGUCAGAUGAAAACAAGCAAAAUGAAUGAUAAACAAGGAUAUACGGAUUAUGGAACGAAUAAACAUCGUGAACAAACAUCAAUUAUAAAUGAAAAAAAAAGUAAUGAAAAGAAGAAACAAUCGGCAUAUGGUCCUAGCGAUCGCCCAUAUAUGACGGCAAGCGAUAUAUUAUUAAGACGUUUAUCAAAUGAAAAUAUAGAAAAACAACAAUCUAAUGAUGAAACAUUGUCAAAUUGCCAUCAUUCUUCUUCUAAUCGUCAUCCUGUUAGAUCUCAUUGUUUAUCAAACAAUAUUAACAAUGAGACUACAUAUAAGAAUAAACAAUUCUCAUCCAAUAGAAUGGAGGAUACAUGGCUAACAAUGUUAGAAAAACUCGAACGAGAACAUAAAGAACGAUUAGAACAUCAACAAAUGGAGUACAAAGAAUAUAUACAUGGUUUAGAAGAGAAUAUGAAAAAACGUUUUGAUGACUAUAUUGUGGAUCCGACAAUGGAUUCGGAUGAUUACAAUGAUAAUCGAUCAUAUUUAUCUACAACAUGUAGACAAGUGAGACAAUUAUCACAUCAUAAAUUAAAUGACAAUAAUACAUCUUCCUCAUCAUAUAACAACAAAUUAAAUACGGCUAUUGAUCGUGCUUUAAAACGUCGACAUUACAAAGAGCCAUCAUCUAUUCGUGAAAGUUUAUCCAACGAUCUAUCAAUGUAUUAUUAUCAUACGAGAUUAUCUCGGUCAGGAUCAAAAGAAGACUUAGUUCAAAAGAAUGUAAAAGCUGAAAUGCAUGCCAAACAUAAUAAACAUGUGGCAGAUUUAAAGACAUAUUAUGAACAUGAGAUUGAUGAAUUAAGACACGAAUUAAAAAAAUAUCGUUUAAAAUUGACAAAAAUGGGAUUAACACCAUCAAAUGUUAGUGUAGCACCAAAUACACCACCACCGUCAAAAUUAUCGUCAGCUAUCACAUCAAAACCAAUAAGACAAUCAUUUGAAACAAUAGAUCGAAGUAGCCAUGAAAAUAUUCGUUUAAAACAUGAAAUUACUGAUUUUCAAGACAAAAUGAAAUAUACUGACGAUCAAAAUGAAGCUCAUAUAGCUUCAUUGGAACGUCAAAUACAAGAAUUACGUGAAACUAUUAAUGAAAAAGAUCGAGAUUUUGAGAAUUAUCACAGAACAAUAAAUAAAUUAGAAGAACAAUUAACAGAAGCAGAAAAUACCAAAGAACGUCAAGAUGAAAAGUCUCGUUCGAUCGAUCGAAGUUUAUUCCUUUAUCGAGAAGAAAAUGAAAAACUGAAAAAUGAUUUACAUAUGACAAGGGAACGUUUGAUGCGUAUGGAAGAAAAAUGUCAUAUUCAAGAAGAUGAAAAUGAAAAAUUAACUCGUCAAAUAUUUUUAAUGGAAAAUGAUUUAAAACAUUUUCAAACAACAACGCAUGAAAUACCCUAUUCGCGUGAUUAUGAACGAUUUACAACAAUAAAAAAUAAUCCAUCAAUAUCAAUAACGCCAAGAUUAAAUGAUAAUCUAGUAACCGAACGUUAUUCAACAUAUAAUUCCCAUAAUUCUAUCAAAAAUCCUCCAUCAUCACCAGACUCAUAUUCACGUAUUCGUCAACAAAAUACAUCAACAAAAAAUGGUGAUCAGUAUCAAUUAAAACAUGCCGAACAUAUGGAACAUCAGUUUGAUCAAUUAAUGGGAAAAAAACGUGAUCUAGAAUCUCGAUUAAAUCGUAUACCUACACGUGGAUUAUCGACAAAUGAUAAACUAUUAUUUGAUUAUCUUGAAAAUGAAUUAUCCAAUGUUGAAAAACAAAUUUCAUCUGUUAAAUUAGAAUUAAGAAAAAUGCAUAUAUUAAAAACUACUACACAUUAA